UCAUAUUUCCAAACAUUGUGCAAUAUUGCUAUCAAAAACCGGGAGAACAAGGUGGAAAUUACAAAUUUUAGCUGUUCUGAUGCAGGACAAUGGGAGUUACUGGAUUGUGGAAAUUGCUUGAACCAUCUGGGAAGCCUGUUCCGGUGGAAACUCUAGAAAACAAAGUCUUGGCGAUUGAUAUCUCUAUUUGGCUACAUCAAGUUGUAAAAGGAUUUCAGGAUUCUAAAGGUGGUACCCUACCUAAUGCUCAUCUACUUGGUCUUUUUCAUCGACUGUGCAAACUUCUCUUCUACCGGAUAAAGCCCGUUUUUGUGUUUGACGGUGGUGCUCCACCGCUAAAGAAGCAAACUCUUAGGAAGCGUCAGGAGAAUAAGAAACAGUUUCUAAGUUCAGCUGACCGUCUCCAAGAACUCCUUCUACAAGCCCUUGCAAAGGAAAAGGUUGUUCAGCAAGUUUUGGGAGACAGUGCACCACUUCUGACAAAAUCUCCUAAGAAGAAAAUUGAAGAGGAAAAUAAACCCAGCAGAGAUGAUAUGUUUAAGCUACCUCCAUUGGAAGAAUCGUCCACUGCAGUGGUUGUAGAUGAUUCCCUUGAGGAGAAGAAAAUGUCCAACAUGUGUUUGCACUCUGUUGAUGUGAAUAGUGCGGCAUUUAAAGCUCUUCCAGCUGAUAAACGAUAUGAAAUUCUAACGGAUCUCAAAGAAACACGCAAACAAUCGUCAUGGGGACGUCUACAUGAACUUCCGGUCCACAGCAAUGAUUUCGCCUCUUUCCAAAUGGAGCGCCUUCUAAAGAGGCGCCAAAUUCAGGUAUCUCUUGAAGAGGCCGAGAAGGACAUGGGUGGUGCUACGCUCUCAUUUUAUGAACUAGAAAAAAUGCUCACUGAAGAAGGUGUUCUAGCAGCUGCGUCUAGAGAACAUGGCCAGAGGAUUGCCAAUGACAAUGUGACGAAAUUUGUAUUUGUCAAAGAUCUUAAGAAAGCCUUAGAGGACGCUAAGAAAAUAGAAUCUGAUUGUGGAGAAUCUUCAAGUGGGGCACCCAGUGCAGCAUACAAUGAACUUGGUACGGAAUUUGAAAAUGAUUUACAGAAAGCCAUUGCAAUGUCUUUGGAAGAGGAGCCAGACGAUGAAGAGGAAAUUCCUGAGACAGUCGUGAAGAUGAGUGAAGAACAAAAGAAGUUCCUAAAAGGAGCUGCAAAGUCUCUGGCUAGGGCGUAUAUGAUGGAGUUUGGUGGAAUGUCUAGUGAGGACGUUGAAGAUCUCUUCAAGGAGACCGAAGAAGACGUAUCAAAUGAAAGUCCCAAAACAACUUAUUUCGAUGUACCUGAAGAGAAAUUGGAGACGGCUGUUCAAGUAAUUUCCAGUGAUUCCGACUCGGACUUUGAAGAGGUUCCGAUGGUGGAGAAAAAGGGCUUGGAAGUUGUGAUAAAUCCCAGUGAAAUUCGAGAAUCUCUCGAAAAUGAUUUAUUCUCAGACAUUUUUGCCAAAGAGGAUCAAAUAAAGGAGUUUGAAAAGCCUUCCACAGCUUCAUCUCCUGCUGAGAAUUCUCAAGAAAUUUUGAUAAAAUCUGUCCAGAAAGUUGUUGCCACAGAAGCUUUGCGGAAGGAAGUUGAAACGGAAGCAAAUGUAAUGGCAACGGCAGCUCAAACAAUUUUAAAGACUAAGGUAAGAUAUAAAAGUAGUUAUCCAACAAAAGCAAUUGAUAAUUUUCUACAUUCUCACAAAAUCCAGGAAACAAUCAAAGAUGUUGCAAAAGAUGAACACCUGGAGUCCAAGGGAUCGCAUUUUUCAUCAACAAUACCACAAGGGACUACAAACUCUGAGGUUUCUGCUAAGAGUAUAUCUCCAUCGCAGAGUGAUGAAGUUGUUCCGGAAGCUGUGGAACCUGAAAAAUGCAACAAAGUCAUUGAUGGUACACAGAAGAGUAUUCUAGAGGAGUUGAUGCAGCAGAAAAAUGCCAUUCCCACCAUUACUCUCGAAGAUUUGUCGGUGAAUCUGAAAAAUCCAACUACAUCUUCAGUGAUUGAAAUAUCGGAUACAGAUGAAGACAAAACUCCCACAAAAGUUAAAAAAUCCCUUGAUGACUAUUUCCAAGUAACUCCAGGGAAGAAAAAGGAGGAGAAAAAAGAGGAAGAUAUUCCAAAGGUGCCUUCACCGUUUUUUGUAAAGAAAUCACCGGAAAAAUUCACCCCAAAGAAAGCAACAAGAGAGCUUUUUCCAGAAGAUAAAAUAAUGGAGAAUCAGGAGAGUUUCAUAAAAAUUCUCGAAGAAAAAGACCGGGAAAAACUUCAAGAAAUUAAGACAGAUCUUGCGAAAGAAAAGAAUGAGCUAGAGAGAGAAAAGAACAAACAAGAGCGCCUAGCAGUGUCCAUAACGGAUAAAAUGAGUUCAGAAUGCAAGGAAUUGCUAAAACUAUUUGGAAUUCCUUACAUCAUUGCCCCAAUGGAAGCUGAAGCACAAUGUGCCUUCAUGAAUGCUAUUCAAUUGACCGAUGGCACAAUAACAGAUGACAGCGAUAUCUGGCUCUUUGGUGGGCAGACAGUAUAUAAGAAUUUCUUUGAUCAACGGAAACAUGUGCUGGAAUAUAGGAUGGAAAAGAUUGAGAAACUGUUUAGGGUGGAUCGUACAAAACUUAUUCAAAUGGCUAUGCUAGUGGGUAGUGAUUACACAAUCGGCAUCAAUGGAAUCGGAGCUGUGACUGCACUUGAAAUUCUUGCGCAAUUCCCCGCUACAAGUACUGGUGAUUCAGAUACUGCCCUAAUAUCGGGACUGAAGAGUUUUAAAGAGUGGUGGCAUGGAAGUCGGCAUACAUCCACAAAGCGCAGUGUCCUCAAAGGAAAACUGAACAACAUCGUACUUACUGAUGGUUUUCCCAGUAUCAAUGUGCUCCGCGCCUACCUCUACCCUGAUGUUGAUGAUAGCCAAGAAGCAUUUGUUUGGGGAAGUCCCGAUGUGGAAAGCAUUCGGGAAUUUACGAAGAAAAAAUUUGGCUGGACGUCAAACCGUACUGAUGAGCUCCUCGAUCCAGUUCUCAAGAAGCUCAGUGAUCGCAAAGUUCAGUCAUCAAUCAAGAAUUACUUCAAAAUCCUCACUCCGUGCCAUCCUACAGAUAUGAAGGUGAGUAAGAGAGUGCGUAAGGCCAUUGAUCACAUGGCUGGGGAAACAUCUGCAACACCACAAAAGGAUGAAGAGUCGCCUAAGAAGAAAACUCGAAAGGGUGGCUGUAAAAAACAAAGUGAGAAGAAGGAUUUGGAUGGGGAUAAGAGUGAGAAAAAGUCUGCACCAAAGCGAAGAAGCAAUAGUCCUAUACCAAGUACGAGCAAAGCUGCUUUUGAAAAGAUUCCAAGGAUCCCUAAUACAAAAACUGCAAUUCCGCAACGUGUAAAGGAUGAGAAAGAAGCACAAGAGAAGAUGAAGAAGGCUAUUGAAGUAUUCAAGAAGAAACCUAAUUAAGCAAUUUUUAGAUCUAAAUCCAAAAUUAACUAAAAUAAUAAAGAAUUUAUAAGAUAAA